UAGCGGCAAUUUUCUAAUAAAAAUACUUCGUGAAUGUGGCGUGUGUUGUUUGGAUUAUUGAGAGUCGUAAAUAAAAAAGCAAUCAAUGGUUAAUUAAUAUUUGUUAUAAGUAUACUACUCAUGUCUUUAGACAACACUCUUGCAAAGGACAAUCAGUGAAAACCAAUAACUUCAUGGGAGACGUGGUCUAAAUUUGGUAUUUUGUCAUAUGUUGCACGCCUGCCUUGGGGUCUCUGAAGAGGACAAAAAAAAUAAUCAGUAAUUCCGAUGCUAAAUUGAUAAUGCCAAAUAGACACAAUCAGUCUCCUGGCACGUUACAGCGCUUAUUAGCGACAAUGCGAAGUCUUUAUGUGUGAACGUGUAUUUCGCGUGAACUAAAUCCAUGAUGGUUAUUAGAGUGGACACUGAAUAAGAGUCAGGAUGAGUCACAACUUGGCUGGGAUGCCCGGCGCCUACAGGCUGCCUGGGCCGGGCCUGGGCCCGCCGGACUUCAAGCCGCCCAUGGAAACACCCACGCCUUCUGCGCCAGCACCAAGCAAUCCAAAGAAGAGGAGAAAAACAUCAAAUGCUAACAAUGCCCAUGCCCCACAACCCCCACCCACCGCUCAGGACCUGCUGCCACCUCCAUUAACAGGAUAUGGAGACACCAUAGUCGCAUCCAAUCCUUUUGAUGACUCUCCAUCUACAAUUUCACACAAUGGCCCUAUGAUGAGCCAGAAUGGCCCAAUGAUGAGUCAAAAUGGCCCUAUGGGAAUGAUGGGACCGAUGCACAGUAUGGGUGGACCCCCAAUGAGGCACAUGAGCCCUUUACCCCACAGUAUGAGCCCGAUGAAUCAGCAAAUGCCACCUCGGGGUAUCAGUCCCAUGGGCAACAUGAGUCCGAUGGGUCAUAUGGGUGGCAUGUCACCAAUGGGAGGCCCAAAUAUGGGAAUGAGCAAUCACAGUAUGGGCCCAGGCAUGGGGCCAGCGUCGAGGUCAAUGGGCAGUCCCAUGAGCCCUAUGAAUUCUAUGCCAAUGGGAUCACCAAUGUCUUCCGGGCCGAUGGGAAGCCCAAUGAAUAUGGGGUCAAUGGCAGGCAGCCAUAUGAGCAACAGUCCGAUGGGGCCACCCAUGCAUAGUCCUCUAGGAGCAGGUUCCAUGAACGGGCCAAUGAAUGGCCCGAUGGGUGGAGGAGGCCCAGGUAUGAAUGUGCCUCGAAUGAAUGGCCCUAUGGGUCCCAGUUGUUCUAAUGGUUCUAUGGGCCCAAGCAGUUCUAUAAUGUCUUCAAACCCAAUGCAAAGCGGCGGAAUGGGGCCAGGUCACUGUGGUCCGAUAAGACAUGGAAGUCCAAUGGGCUCUGGCAUGGGAGGAGGCCCUAUGGGAGGAAAUGGUCCAAUGUCGUCAAUGGGCCCGGGUCCACCAUACUCAAGCAGCCACAUGGGGCACGGAGGCCCGAUGGGAAUGGGAGGCAGUGGAAAUAUGGGGAUGGGUCCGGGCCCUGGUAAUAUGGGGAAUUGCGGACCUCUGGCCGGCAUGAGUGGUAUGGCAAUGGGCGGGCCCGGAGGUCAAGGAGUGGGCCCGAUGGGACAAGGAAUGGGAAUGUUCGGGCCUAAGCCAAUGCCUGUUAGUGCUGGGAAAGUUUAUCCCCCGGACCAACCAAUGGUGUUUAAUCCGCAGAACCCAAAUGCUCCUCCCAUAUACCCUUGUGGAGUAUGUCACAAAGAAGUACAUGAUAAUGACCAAGCAAUUCUCUGUGAAUCUGGAUGCAACUUCUGGUUCCACAGGGGCUGCACAGGCCUAACGGAGCCGGCCUUCCAGCUGCUCACAGCGGAAGUGUAUGCCGAGUGGGUGUGCGACAAGUGCCUACACUCCAAGAACAUCCCGCUGGUCAAGUUCAAGCCCUAGCGCGAGGCGCGCGCCGCAUCACAAGUAUUUAUUCCACUAAAUGGACUCUGUGAUUCACUCUCUUAAUUUAUUCACGCAUGGAAGUUGCGGCUACAUGAAAGCAAUACUUAAGAUUCACCAAACC